UAUAAUUUCCAGGCGGUCUUUUUUCCUAUGAAGAGAUGGCAAAAUUUCAUUCUAGCUUCCUGUGACUCCAUCCUGUUGUUUGAGGGCCACAUUGCUUCUGCAGAUGCAGGUGGCGUUUGAGGAGGUGGUUGUAUUUUUCACCGAGCAAGAGUGGGCCUUGCUGAACGCAAAUAGAAGAGCCCUCUACUGGGAUGUCAUGCAGGAAAACUACGAGAACGUGAUUUCGCUGGGUUUUCCAGUGACCCAGCCAAGCACAACUCCUGAUCUGGAACAAGAUGAAGAAUUGUGGGGAUUGCAAUUCCAGGGACAUCAAGAACAAGGAACCUUUACAGAUCCCUUUGGAGUUGAUGAAGCUCCAGAACAAAAUAAGAGCUUUAAUAAAGAAAGGCUCUUAAAUGACGACAAAUCUAGACAGACUCUUCACUUGAGUGAUUUUGAAGAAUUAACUAGAACCAUGAUGCCUGUAGAACAUAUACUAAAGAAGCAACACAUAUGUCCCUACUGUGAUAAGAAAUUUUGCCGCCGUUCCGAUCUUGUUCGGCACCAAAAACUCCAUACAGGAGACAGGCCUUUUGUCUGCAAUCAGUGUGGGAAAGGCUUUGUCCAGAGCAGCCAUCUCAUUGCGCACGAGAAGAGCCACACCAGAGCGAAGAACUUCAUCUGCUCAGACUGUGGGAGGAGCUUCAACCAAAUCUUAAACUUCACUAGGCACCAGAGAACCCACUCUAAGGAGCCCCCUUUCAGUUGUUCUGAAUGUGGGAAGACCUUCAGCCGCAGCUCAAACCUGAUUAUGCAUCAAAGGACGCAUACCGGAGAGCGACCUUACAAGUGCUUUGACUGUGGGACCAGCUUCAGCCGGAGUUCGACUCUGGUUACGCACCAGAGAACUCACACAGGGGAGAAGCCCUUUAAAUGCCAGGACUGCUGGAAAAGCUUCGGAAGGCGCUCAACUCUGAUUAUGCACCAGAGAACUCACACAGGGGAGAAGCCAUACAAAUGCCCUGACUGCCCGGAAACGUUUAGCGUGAAAUCCGGCCUUCUUAGCCAUCAGAGGGUCCAUAUGACCGAGAGACCCUAUUUGUGCCUAAUAUGUGGGAAACACUUUUGUCGGAGUGCGGACCUCAUUAUUCACCAGAGGAUUCACACAGGGGAAAAACCCUAUCAGUGCAAUGACUGCGGCAAGAAGUUCAAUACGAACUCUCACCUCGUGACGCAUCAGAGGAUUCACACUGGGGAGAAGCCAUACAAGUGCCCUGAGUGUGGGAAAAGUUUCUCUUACAGCUCUGUCCUUGUUGGCCACCAGAGACUUCACACUGGAGAGAAACCUUAUGCUUGUCCGAAAUGCGGGAAGACCUUCCGUAACAACUCCCACCUUAUCACUCAUGAGAGAGUGCACUCAGGAGAGAAACCCUAUCAAUGCCUCGAGUGCGGGAAGAGUUUUAGCGUAAGUUCAAAUCUUACCAAGCAUCGGAAACUCCAUGAGAAGGAGAUGUCUUUUAAGCAGGAAGAGUUGUGUCAUCAGGAAAGUUACUAAGCAGCGUAUUAUAUUGUGGAAGUGUUGGUACAAACGCUGCCCUAGAGAAUAGGCAAAAUAGGAAUGGUCGUGGAGUAGUAAGGAACGUAUACUAUGUAGAGUGAUUUAGUUACAGGAUCAGUUAGAUGAGUUGAAAUAUUCUAAAGCAGAGCUUUCCAAACAUUACAUGCUGGUGAUACUUUUUAGACAUGCAUCAUUUUGCAAUACAGUAAUUCAGUUUUACUGGCAAACCGGAGGAUAAAUCAACCUUUAUAAGAGAUACAUAAAUUGUAUGUAAUU